AUGGUUGCUAUUGCUCUUCGAUAUUUCAACGUUUUUGGAGAACGUCAAGAUCCCAACUCUCAGUAUGCAGCUGCAAUUCCACGAUUUAUCGACCGAGCAUGUGUCAAAGGAGAAGCCAUUGAAAUUUAUGGAGACGGAAGACAAACUAGAGAUUUUGUCUAUGUGAAAGAUGUGGUUUGGGCCAACGUCUAUGCCUCUUUCUUUAUUGGAGAAUUUGGUGUAUUUAAUGUUGGUUAUGGCUCGUACAUUACCAUUAAUCAAAUGGCUGACAUUGUUGAAUCACAAUGUGCCAAAUUAACACAAAAGCCUGUGAAUAAGAGAGUGUACCUUCCACGAAGACCGGGAGACGUUGUCUAUUCGAUGGCUUCCGUUCGACGACUCACAAAUAAUGGUUGGAAGCCAAAAUACUCCUUCAAAGAAUCUGCCAUUCAAACCAUUGAAUAUUUCUACAAACAAUCUACUACCAACAAUAAUAAAUAA